AUGGCGUCUCCAGUGUCCGUGGUCUGCGUGGGCAUGGCAGGCUCUGGAAAGACUACCUUUAUGCAGAGAAUCAACUCUCAUCUUCACGAAAAGAAAACCGUUCCAUAUGUACUCAAUCUGGACCCCGCGGUCCACUCGGUGCCCUUCGACAGCAAUAUCGACAUUCGUGAUUCGAUCAACUACAAGGAAGUGAUGAAGCAAUACAACCUUGGUCCUAAUGGAGGUAUCUUGACCUCGUUGAAUCUGUUCGCCACCAAGGUCGACCAGAUCAUCUCUCUCUUGGAGAAGCGCACUGCUCCGAAUCCCGAAAACCCAGCCGCCAAACCAAUCGAACACAUUCUGGUAGACACGCCCGGUCAGAUCGAAGUUUUCGUCUGGAGUGCGUCUGGUAGCAUUCUUCUCGAGACUCUGGCAUCGUCCUUCCCCACGGUUAUUGCCUACGUUAUCGACACGCCUCGCGCGAGCUCCACCAGCACUUUUAUGAGUAACAUGCUCUACGCCUGCAGUAUUUUGUAUAAGACUAAACUUCCCAUGAUUUUGGUCUUCAACAAAACCGAUGUCAAGGACGCAGAGUUCGCCAAGGAAUGGAUGACCGACUUCGACGCAUUCCAGCAGGCUUUGCGCCAGGAAGAAGAAUCAGGUGCUUUCGGAACUGAAGGUGGUGCCGGUGGCUUUGGCUCAGGCAGUGGAUAUAUGGGCUCCCUUCUGAACAGUAUGAGUCUGAUGUUAGAGGAGUUCUACCGUCACUUGAGCAUUGUCGGCGUCAGUUCGAUGACCGGUGAUGGCGUUGAUGAAUUCUUCGAAGCUGUGGAGACCAAGCGACAGGAGUUCGAGCGUGACUACAAACCCGAACUAGAGCGCAAGAAAAAGGAGCGCGAAGAGCAGAAGGAGUCGCAGCGGGAGCUCGAGCUCGGAAAGCUCAUGAAAGACAUGAGUGUUUCUGGCUCAAGCAGACAGCCUGCCAAGCCUACUACUAGUGGAGAGCCUGAGACUGUCAGUGAAGCCGAAGAUGAGGAAGACGAUAUCAUCAAGCGCGGUCUCGCAGACGGAGAGGAUGACAGCGACUACGAGGACUACCAGGGUUACCAGGGCCCUGAUGCUGGCAAUGAUGAGAACCUCACACAGCGCUACAAGGAGGCGCUCUCUGGUUCUCAGAGUGCUCCCUCAGACCAGGACAACAGCUUCACAAGAUACCUUCGUGCAAGCAACAUGCAGCAGUAA